CCAAAUUGUGGAUUUUUGACUGCAUACAACCCAACCAUCAAUCCAAUCUACACGGAGGGUCUCCGCCGCUUCGACCUGCAACAGAUACCUAGGAUAAAACAAUAGAUUGGACAACAAUUGGCAAAGAUGUUACUCAACGAAAAGACCGGUAAGCAGCCGGAAAACCUUCCGCCGAUAUGUUAGCCCCAGCCAAGGCUCCUAAAACCGGGAUCUAUAUAGCCAUUUCAACCUCCAAGGUGCUGCUUGUACCGUACUCCAAGUGGCAUGUCCCCAGAUAUCAUGAAUGGAUGAAGGAUGAGGAAAUCCAAGAAGCCACUGCUUCUGAGCCCCUCUCCCUGGAGGAGGAGUACGCCAUGCAACAAAGCUGGCGCCAGGACCCGGACAAACUGACAUUCAUCGUCUGCCAACCUACGACAACAACAACGAGCUCCUCCUCUGACUUCGCUGGAGAAGGUGAGGUCACAAAACUCGACGACCACACCGCCGACGAACCCCACCACAUGGUGGGGGACAUCAACCUCUUCCUCCGCGUCGACGACGGCGAAGAAGGGGAGUCGGACCCGCAACUCGUCGGGGAGAUCGAGCUCAUGAUCGCCGAGAAGCGCAACCAGCGGCGCGGGUUCGGCAAGGCUGCGCUCUACACUUUCCUCCGGUAUAUCGUGGACCACGAGGCCGAGAUCCUGGAGGAGUUUGUGGCGGGCGAUGCCGCCGCGUUGCAGGCCCUGACGGUGUCUGGGCUGCAGCAACCACCGCGGCCGUGGAGGUUCGCCUGCCUGAGUGUGAAGAUCGGGCAGGCGAAUGAGCGGAGUUUGGCGCUGUUCGAGGGCGCGGGGUUCCGGAAGGUCUCGCCGGAGCCGAACUAUUUUGGGGAGUUUGAGUUGCGGCGGUUGCGGGAGAGUUUGGAACGCGGGCUGGUGGAUGAGAGUCUUGAUGGGGCUGGGGUUGCGGGGUAUACUGAGUUGGAGUAUACGAGGGUUCAGUAAGGGUUACUACUACCGGUCAUCUAUCAUUGGGUUUGGGCUGGUGCUUCCCUGCGGGUUUGCAGUCAUACCGCAGAUUCCGCGACGUUACAUGUACCAUCUGCACCGCUUCCUGCAGUGAGCCGGCGUCGCUAUGCCGGAGCAAACGACUAGUGAAUGACGAGUGUAUGCUGUGUCAA